AUGGUGGACGAGCCGCCAGCAUCACUUCCAGCCACCACCGCCGUCGCCGAGCCACCGGGAUCAGUUCCCGACGCCGCUACCGAGCCGCAGAAGGCGGACGAGGAGGGGGACAAGGAGGACGCGCUGCUGGACCACGCGCAGGCCCCGAUUUCGCCGGUCGUCGGGCAGGAGGCCGACCCCAGCCGGAGGCUACAGGGGCAUCACGGGGCUAGACGCGGCUCCGCAGUCGCCGUCGUCUCCUCCCCAUCCCACCUCGAUCUCGCCCACCGCCUCCCGAUCCGGGCAGAUCUCGCGCCGGCGGCCAUGGAGAACCUGAUCUCGCUCGUCAAAAAGCUGCAGCGGGCCUGCACUGCCCUCGGCGACCACGGCGACGAGAGCACCCUCCCCACCCUCUGGGACUCGCUGCCGUCCAUCGCCGUUGUCGAAGGCCAGAGUUCGGGCAAAUCUUCAGUGCUGGAGAGCGUUGUUGGGAAGGAUUUCCUGCCCAGGGGUUCAGGCAUCGUCACCCGUCGCCCCCUGGUUCUGCAGCUACAUAGGAUUGAUGGAACUAGAGAGUAUGCGGAGUUCUUGCAUCAACCCAGGAAAAGAUACACAGAUUUCGCCGAAGUGAGGAAGGAGAUAGCUGAUGAAACUGACAGAGAAACUGGUCGUUCCAAGGGAAUAUCAUCUGCAUCUAUUUUUCGAAUGGAUGAUUACACUAAAAAUGAUUGUUAUGUAGUGCCCUGUAAUAAUACAAAGUAUAUGUCUGGAAGUGCGCAUAGGAGAAAAUAG